AUGGCCCGGCACUUUGUAAACAGCGCCUAUAGCCUAGGCAAACACAUCAAGACCAGGGAGUUCCCCUCCACGGACUCCCUCAACAUCGUGGUCGUGGCUGAGCGACUUCGAAGUGGUCUCCACGAUGUGCUGGACAGGGCCGUGUCCUCGUCCGCUCCGGACACAGACGAUUCCACGUUCGGAUUGUAUUUGUCGAAGGCAGCCACGGACAUGCUGAACGAACCCUCCAUGGAAAUCGACUCCACGAUCAGGGACCUUUUGAUGGAAGUCGACGUUCCUGGAGCGUGUUAA